CACGCCGUGCCGCACCAUGGCGCCCACCCUGGCCACUGCCCAUCGGCGCCGCUGGUGGAUGGCCUGCACAGCCGUACUGGAAAACCUCCUCUUCUCUGCAGUUCUCCUGGGCUGGGGCUCGCUGCUCAUCAUGCUCAAGUCAGAGGGCUUUUACUCCUACCUGUGUACAGAGCCAGAGAACAUCACCAAUGGCACAGUGGGGGGCACCGCAGAGCCCGAGCCCGAGGAGGUGACAUGGAUGAAUGGCUGGCUCAGCUGCAAGGCCCAGGAUGAGAUCCUAAACCUGGCCUUCACCGUGGGCUCCUUCCUGCUCAGUGCCAUCACCCUGCCCCUGGGCAUCAUCAUGGACAAGUACGGUCCGAGGAAGCUCAGGCUGCUGGGCAGUGCCUGCUUUGCUGUCUCCUGCUUGCUGAUUGCGUAUGGAGCAAGUAACCCAAACUCUCUCUCUGUGCUCAUCUUCAUCGCCCUGGCUCUGAAUGGCUUUGGUGGGAUGUGCAUGACCUUCACUUCAUUAACACUGCCUAACAUGUUCGGUGACCUUCGAUCCACAUUUAUUGCCUUGAUGAUUGGAUCCUACGCCUCCUCAGCGGUCACCUUCCCGGGAAUCAAGCUCAUCUACGACACGGGUGCAUCCUUUAUCAUCAUCCUUGUGGUCUGGGCUGGCUGCUCCGGGCUGGUUUUCUUCAAUUGCUUCUUUAACUGGCCCCUGGAGCCUUUCCCAGGCCCGGAGGACAUGGACUACUCGGUGAAGAUCAAGUUCAGCUGGCUGGGCUUUGACCACAAGAUCACAGGGAAGCAGUUCUACAAGCAGGUGACCACAGUGGGACGCCGCCUGAGUGUGGGCAGCUCCAUGAGGAGCGCCAAGGAGCAGGCUGCAUUGCAGGAGGGCCACAAGCUGUGCCUGUCCACCGUCGACCUGGAGGUGAAAUGCCAGCCAGAUACUGCAGCGGCACCCUCAUUCAUGCACAGCGUGUUCAGCCCCAUCCUGCUGCUCAGCCUGGUCACCAUGUGUGUCACGCAGCUACGGCUCAUCUUCUACAUGGGGGCCAUGAACAGUAUCCUUGAGUUCCUGGUCAGCGGGGACCAGAAGACAGUUGCCCUCUACACCUCCAUCUUCGGUGCACUCCAGCUGCUCUGCCUGCUGACAGCGCCUGUCAUCGGCUACAUCAUGGACUGGAGGCUGAAGGAGUGUGAAGAUACCUCUGAGGAACCUGAGGAGAAAGAUGCCAGCCAAGGUGAAAAGAAGCGGGACCGACAGAUCCAAAAGAUUACCAAUGCUAUUCGGGCCUUUGCCUUCACAAACCUGCUGCUUGUAGGCUUUGGGGUGACCUGCCUCAUUCCCAAUCUGCCACUACAGAUCUUCUCCUUCAUCCUACACACGAUCGUGCGAGGAUUCAUCCACUCUGCUGUCGGGGGCCUCUAUGCUGCUGUGUACCCUUCUACCCAGUUCGGCAGCCUCACAGGACUGCAGUCUCUGAUCAGCGCACUCUUUGCCCUCCUGCAGCAACCGCUUUUUCUGGCCAUGAUGGGUCCCCUCCAGGGAGAUCCUCUGUGGGUGAAUGUGGGGCUGCUGGUCUUGAGCAUGCUGGGCUUCUGCCUACCACUCUACCUGGUCUGCUACCGCCGCCAGCUGGAAAGGCAGCUGCAACAGAAGAGGGAAGACAGCAAGCUCUUCCUCAAGAUCAACGGUUCAUCCAACCGGGAGGCCUUCGUGUAGCACCCCCUGGCUCUGAACUGUGGUGUCCUGCCUGUGCUUCAGUGACUGGCCGCUGUCCUCCCCACCCCAGAGGACCUGCACACUCGCAGGAUUCUCUCCUUUACCAUUUUGGAGGCCACGUUUCCUCCAAGGCCCUGGUUCUGCCUUGGAGCUCUGCAGUGGAAGGACAGGAAUGGGCUGAGGAUGGGAGACUUUGCUGGACAAAGAACAGCCCUGGCUCUGCUCUGGCACCCCCAAAGGACCCUGGGGACUUGGGUCUCCAUGGUGCCUGCAAGAGGAGUCAAGGUCACCCCCCAGCAGGCAGGCCCUGUCCCUCAAGGCUCUGGAUUCUGCCUUGUGCCAAAGCAGAGGGGCCUGCCACCCACUACCCAGCACCUGCCCCUCAGCCGCAUGCCCACCGAGCACGCCUACCUAAGGACAAAGGCUUGCACUGUCUGCACCCCCUCUCCUGGCCCCUUACAACCUCCCCUGGCCAGACUGUGGCUGUCUGAGGAAGGAAGGACCCGCUUCCUGUUGUUGGUGCUAACCCCUUUGUAAUCCCACUCCCCUGUGGCCUGUCCACAGCCUGUCCUCUCGUGUGAGGCCUGUGGAGAAGCCCUCCUGGCUCAUAGCCUGGAAAGGGGAUGGAAGCAGGAUGGUUACACAAAGCCACAGAGGCCAUGGACACUGGCUGAUCGGUUGACCGCCCCCACCUCCUCCCUCAGGGUGGAGGAGGGAGCACAUUUCCACUGCCACCCUCGUCCAGUCUACCACCUGAUUUAAGGGAAUUAAAGGGGCACUGCCAGGGCAGCCCCUCCCCCAACACAGCUGUUUCUGUGGGCCAGGCAGAUAGGAACUCCAGGCCUCUGCAGGGAAGUGGAUUGGUGUAUGUGAAUGAGAUGUGCGUGUAUGUGUUAUGUAUGAGGUGGGGUGGGCUGUAAGGUCUGCCCUUAUCCCCACCAACCUCCCAGGCCUGCUGCAGAGCCAGUGUGCCUGGAGCCAGCCUGGCCUCAUGGGCAGUAGCUUGUCCUGGCCACAUAGCCACAGCGCCCCCUGCUGGCUGACUCCGUCAGGGCUCUGAAGCUGUUUUGGGGAAAAAGCCAAGCCUCCCUGGCUCACCAACCUGCCCACCUCAACUACCAUCAGAAGUGUGUUUGAGAUCUCCCGUGUGCUCAGAGCAGUGUGUUGACUUUUAGGUCUUUAGUUAUUUUUCUUUUAAGUUUUAUCAGACUUCUUUUUAUAAAGCAAUAAAUCCAUUUUCCUCCUGGCAAGGGAACCCCCCUUCUAGCAUAUCC